AUGCAGACGCAGAAAGGAAACAUUGUCCUUAUGUAUUGGUUACUCUUGCACCUCCUACUUUUAGAAGCUGGAAUAUCUUCCAGUGAGGCUAGCACAUCGGCCAACACUACACCCAGUGCAACCCCCACUGCCUCUGGCACAUCUACCCCCACUGGAACCAGCCCAGCUUCCAGUAGGACCAUCACAACAACCAGCACAACCCCUGCUGGGACCAGCAAAGCCACCAACACUGCAUCCAGCACAACUCCCAACACUGUGUCCAGCACGACCCCUGGUGAGACCAGCACGACCCCUGGUGAGACUAGCACAGCCACCAACACUGCAUCUAGCAUGACCUCUGGUGAGACCAGCACAGCCACCAGCUCUGGGUACAGCACAGCCACCAACACUGUGUCCAGCACGACCCCUGGUGAGACCAGCACAGCCACCAGCUCUGGGUCCAGCACAGCCACCAACACUGCGUCCAGCACGACCCCUGGCGGGACCAGCACAGCCACCAGCUCUGGGUCCAGCACAGCCACCAACACUGCGUCCAGCACAACCUCUGGUGAGACCAGCACAGCCACCAGCUCUGGGUCCAGCACAGCCACCAACACUGUGUCCAGCACGACCCCUGGUGAGACCAGCACAGCCACCAGCUCUGGGUCCAGCACAGCCACCAACACUGUGUCCAGCACGACCCCUGGUGAGACCAGCACAGCCACCAGCUCUGGGUCCAGCAAAGCCACCAACACUGCGUCCAGCACGACCCCUGGUGAGACCAGCACAGCCACCAGCUCUGGGUCCAGCACGACCCCUGGUGAGACCAGCACAGCCACCAACUCUGGGUCCAUCACGACCCCUGGUGAGACCAGCACAGCCACCAGCUCUGGGUCCAGCACAGCCACCAACACUGCGUCCAUCACGACCCCUGGUGAGACCAGCACAGCCACCAACACUGCAUCUAGCACGACCCCUAGUGAGACCAGCACAGCCACCAGCUCUGGGUCCAGCACAGCCACCAACACUGUGUCCAUCACGACCCCUGGUGAGACCAGCACAGCCACCAGCUCUGGGUCCAGCACAGCCACCAACACUGCGUCCAGCACGACCCCUGGCGGGACCAGCACAGCCAGCAGCUCUGUGUCCGGGGCGACCCCGGGAGGCUCUGGCACAACUGCUCCGACUACAACUUCCAGUAGAAUGAGCACCAGUGCUGCUACUACAGGGAGUGAGGUGAAGCCUAGUGGGUCCCUGAAGCCGUGGGAAAUCUUCCUCAUCACCCUGGUCUCCGUCACAGUGGUCGCGGGGCUCUCUGCCGGGCUCUUCUUCUGUGUGAGAAACAGCCUGUCCCUGAGAAACGUCUUUGACACAGCUGUCUACCGCCCCCACCGCCCCAACCUUGGCCUUGGCCCGGGCCCUGGAGGGAAUCCCGGAGUGCCCCCGAGGCCUAGGUGGAGCCCUGGCUGGUUCUGGAGCAGACCGACGUCCGCAGUGGCCAUGGAGAUGAGCGGGCCCUACCACGGGCCCUGA